AUGAAUAAAACUGGAACAGGUUUUAAGACACUUAAAUUAAGAUCAUCCCAUUCUUUUCGUCCACAAAGUGCAUAUUAGGAAUAAAUUGUUAGCAUAAUUCCAUAUGAAAUGAGUGAAUAAGCUUAUUAAACUUCACUUAAGAUGGAUCUAUUAAAUAUUGAAGAUGAGAUCUCUAAAUUGAAUAAAUUAGGCAUUCAAUAAUCUAGAUUAAGUUCAACUCACACUUAAAAAAUAAAAUAAUGGAUAUCAAAUAUUAAAAUGAAUGAUAAAUGUUUAGAUCCUUAAAGAGUUAUUCAAAUUUGCAAUUGUUCAGAUGCAAAUGAGACUGUUGUUAAAUUGUACAAUAUGAUAUAAAAUUUUGACUUCUAUGUCAAUAAAAUUACAGAGCUACAAUGUAUACAUUAUUUAUAAUACGAAUAAUGUUUUGUUAACUUCUAAUCAAACUAUUUUUAAAAAAUAGCAUCUCAAGGUAUAUUGCCAAAUAGGUUCUUAAUGAGUCUAUUGAAUUUAGAGAUAAUUGAAUAUUUAGUUUAAAAAAAGGAGGAUCUGAACUAAACAAAUGGAGAAGGUAUUACUUAAAAAAGGUUAUAUGAAUUAAAAGACUAAAAUAUUAAACUAUUGAAUGAAAUAAAAUCAUUAUAAGGUCAAUGCAAGAAAUUGUAAGAUUAACUUUCAAAUUCAACCACUUUAAGCUAAAGUUAAUUGAGUUAGAUAACAGUUGAAUUACCUCCAAAUCCUGCUUAAUAUUAUAAUAAAAUAAUUGAUGAAGUUAAAGAUAGUUAUUAGAAUCUAGUUACUAUGUUAAGAGAUGUAAAAUAUAUAAUUUCAUAUUAAUUAAUAGGAAAAUUUAUAGUUAGGAUUAAAAUUAAGUGAAGUAUAAUAAAAAUUAACAAAUGCAAGUAAUGAAAUAAUUGAAUUAAAUAAGAAAAAUGAAUAUAUGAAGAGUCAAAAAGUGAAAUAAUAUAAUUAUUCUAUAGGAUGACUUAUAUAAAAGAUUUGUUACUAAAUACAAGACAACUGAAGAGUUUGAAUAAUCAUAUGAAGCUGCUUUGAGAGAAGAGUUUUCAUCGAUGGAAAUUUCAUUUAAAUAAAGAAUCUAAUAGUUAUAAUAGAAUAUUGAUUAAAAUAAUAGAGAUUAUUAAAAGAAAUUGGUAAAUAUGGUAUUAAUAAAAAUAAGCUUGAACAAAAAUAAAUUAUCGAUUAGUCAACAGAUAGAGAAAGAAUGUUAAUUAAAAAAAUGAGUUUAUAUUAGAAGCUUUGA